GCCUCGCCGCCGCCGCUGCCGCCGCCGCCGCCGCCGCCGCUUCUCGCCCAGCCCCGGAGAGCAGCCCCGGCGGUCCGCGGCGGCGGGGGCGGGGAGCCGCGGAGACUCCGUCCUUCCUUCCCGGGAGGGGGCCGCGCAGGUGGAGGGCGGGCAGGGGGCUCCCCUGGCCCGGCCGCCCCUCCCACCCUCACUCCGGCAGGAAAAAAAAAACCCACUUCUGAGGGAUGUGCUGCCUUCUCUCGUUGCUGUUUCAUUGCCUGUACUUAAAACCGAGGAGAAAAUUCCAUUAUGGUCACUGUUGUUACCGUUCGGUGGACGGAGUUUCUAAGGCCAGCUUCUUCUCGAUCUUGCAGCGGUUCUCCCUUCAACCUAUAACAUCAGCAGUGGUGGCUGAGCUGAAGUUCCUGCAUUCCAAGAAGAGAAUGUAUAAAAGGAAUGGCCUCAUGGCCAACGUGACCGUGACUUCUGCCACUCCAGAGGUCAGUAGCAGUUCUGACUCUCUGGAAGGACAGAGUUCGGAUUAUGCUCACAAGAGCUACGAUGCCGUCGUGUUUGACGUGCUAAAAGUAACUCCAGAGGAGUUUGCGAGUCAGAUUACACUGAUGGAUAUGCCAGUAUUUAAAGCUAUACAGCCAGAGGAACUUGCAAGUUGUGGAUGGAAUAAAAAGGAAAAACACAUCCUCGCCCCGAAUGUUGUUGCCUUUACCAGGAGAUUUAAUCAGGUCUGUUUCUGGGUGGUACGAGAAAUUUUAACAGCACAGACCUUAAAAAUAAGGGCAGAGAUCCUCAGCCACUUCGUGAAAAUAGCCAAGAAACUUCUAGAACUGAACAACCUUCAUUCGCUCAUGUCUGUGGUCUCAGCUCUCCAAAGUGCACCCAUUUUCAGGCUGACCAAAACCUGGGCCCUUUUGAACCGCAAGGACAAGACCACUUUCGAGAAGCUGGACUACUUAAUGUCGAAGGAAGACAAUUACAAGAGGAUGCGGGAGUACAUCCGAUGCUUAAAAAUGGUGCCCUGCAUUCCUUAUUUGGGGAUUUAUCUCUUGGACUUAAUCUACAUAGACUCAGCCUAUCCAGCUUCCGGCAGCAUCAUGGAGAACGAACAAAGGUCCAAUCAAAUGAACAACAUCCUCCGAAUAAUUGCUGAUUUGCAAGUCUCUUGUAGCUACGAUCACCUUCUAAUGUUACCCCACGUGCAAAAAUACUUGAAGUCCGUACGGUAUAUUGAAGAGCUUCAAAAAUUUGUGGAAGACGACAACUACAAAUUAUCCCUAAGAAUCGAACCAGGAAACAGUUCCCCACGGCUGGUCUCGUCAAAAGAAGACCUGGCAGGUCCGUCCGAAGUGUCGGCAGCUGUGAGGUUCAACAGGAGGCCCACCUGUCCUGAUGCCUCGGUAGCGGCCAACAUGCACACCCCACCUAUACCGCGGCACAGGAAGAGCCACAGCCUUGGAAACAAUAUGAUGUGUCAAUUCAGUGUAGUAGAAAGUAAAAGCGCCACCUUCCCAACAGAGAAGCAGCGCCACCUGCUGGACGACAGCGUGUUAGAAUCUCACAGCCCUGUCAGGAACCACCCGCUAAACUCGGUGUUCACCAAUGGUGUUUCUCUAGAAAGCAGUGAAAGUUCAGAAUUCAGCGAAGAGCCGUCAUCGGGGCUGGAAAGGGGUCGGUUGUAUGCCACGCUGGGGCCCAACUGGCGGGUGCCAAUUCGGACUUCACCCAGAAGUCGGAGCUGUGUCUACAGCCCAGCAGGUGCCUGCAGUUGCAGAUCGGGGGCUUCCAUGGGGGUGGUGACUAUGGAAGGCCCCCUGAGAAGAAAGACGUUGCUGAAGGAAGGCCGGAAGCCCACGCUGUCUUCCUGGACCAGGUACUGGAUUACUCUGUCAGGAUCCACUCUGAUCUACUUCGGAGCCAAGUCCUUAAGGGGCAGCGAGAGGAAGCACUAUAAAUCGACUCCGGGAAAGAAAGUUUCCAUUGUGGGCUGGAUGGUAGCGCUUCCUGAUGAUCCUGAACAUCCUGAUAUUUUUCAGCUGAACAACCCAGAUAAAGGCAAUGUUUACAAGUUUCAGACCGGUUCCAGGUUUCAUGCAAUAUUGUGGCACAAACAUUUGGAUGAUGCCUGCAGAAGCAACAGGCCUCAGGUACCUGCAAACCUUAUGUCCUUUGAGUAACCUGCUCCAGUGUGCGGUAUAACGUCCAGUGCCAAACUGCAAGAUGGGAAGGUGGGUUUCCAUUAAAGCAAAGAGGAAAAAGACUUCAGAGCAAACCAGCCGUCUCCCACAGCGACUUCAGCACUUUUCUACAUAACUUGAAAGUAAUUAUGAUACAGCUUCUAGAAAAAGAGACGUGAAUGUUAUCCUUGGGACAGGAUCUGACUCACUGCACUGACGAAAGACAGGAUUUGGACUGUUUGGAGAGGCAGCCUGACCCAUCACAGGAUCCGUGGGUCCUUAACUCUAGCCGUGGAGGUCACGACGGCUGUGGGUUCUUGUCCUGCCACAAACUUUUAUCCGUCACAUCUCUCCAGAUGUCUUUUUUUUUUUUUUAAACUGCUCUUUUUACGGUCAAGCUGCUUUAUGUGAGUCAAGAACUUUAACCCAUGUUGGGUUUAGAGUUAUUUCUAAUGCACAAAACAACAAACAUUUGACAGUGUUAACUUGCUGCAGAGUGUCAAUUAGAAUAGAACGUUGUGAAACAACCUUUUUAUAACCUUAAGUGCACUGAGUUGCUUUGCCCUGUGGCUGCCUCAGAUUUUUGUAUCAAACCUAGGGAUGCGACCAACGUCGCCCUUGCGCUCAGCUACUUGGGAAAAUGUGUAUUUUGGCACAAGAUUAAAAAAAAAAAAACACCUGUAAUUUUUUUUUUUUCUGUUUGUAACUCAUAAUUAAUUGUGCUGUAUUUUGUGGUGGUUGUUUUGUUUUGUUGUUUUUAAAAUGAACUGGAGGUACCCCUAGCGAUGAAGGGACCUUGAAGUGCUGCUGAAAUACGCUUGAUCUUAAGGCUCCUUCUGGGUUGCUUCAUCCCAAAGGGAAGAUUUGCCUUAAAUUGUGUUUGCAGGGGGGGCUGAAGGGGGCUGUUCACCCAAAAUGUCCCACUGGGCAAGCUUCUCCUAGAUCCCCCCGCAGGGCUGGUUUUAGAACUUCCCAAUCCCAGAAAACAUGGGUUGAGGGAAAAGUAUUAAAUAUGGAUUCUCCUAAGAGAGAGAGAAAUAUACCAAGUCCCUUUUACUCAGCCAAGAAAGCCAAUGUUCUUUUAAACCAAGGUAGCAUGGCUAACAAAGUCCACCCAGUUUCUUCAUUUCCCAAUUCAACGAAGUCGUGAGCUGCUUCGUGGCACCUUGAAGGGUCGGCAAACGAUCCAGCUUCUUAACACAGGUGAGCCAGUGGUCAUUUUGGAGGAACAACACCCUUGGCUUUGAAAGACCAGCGUGCUACUUGAUCGGACUGUAAUCUUGGCUCUCUUCCAAGCCGUGUUUACUUUAAAUAUAUGCUAAAUGUCUUCGCCAUUAAUGAUUGUAAUGCAUUUUUAAGUGUCACGCUGUAUUUGUCUUAUCUCCCGUUUCUAAGAGCGAAGGAAGGUAAGAGAAAUUCUUGGGUUUGGACAGGAAAUGAGAAAACAGGUCUCAGCCCCCCCCCCUUUCUCCCCCCCUACCCCAAAUCCUUGUUUUUUUUCUCAUGGAGAAAUGGUUAGAAACCAUUGCAACAAAUUGUGGGUUAUUACGAGCUGGGUAGUUGCUGUAGGAUUUCAGGAUGGCGAAAUAGGUUGGAGUUUCUGGUGGAUCGUCCGGAUGUAGCAUCCAUUGUGGUUCUGAAUGUCUGUAGUCCAAGAUUAUUCUGGAGAAUGUACCCUUUCUCUGGAUUUUCAUAUCAGGCAGUUCAGUAACGCCUCCGUAUAGGAGGAUACGCCAUUCGCUUGGAGCCUUUAAAAAGGCCCUUCUCUUCUUACCAGCUGCAUAAUGACAAUUUAAAAAAAUCUGGCUUCCAACCCAAUUAACCCAACCAAGAAGCUAAUUUGCAUCUGGCAAACUUUGAGCCCAAAUCGCAAUAACCCCCUUUUACAACUCUGCUAAAUUUCAGUAAACACCGAGGGUUGGACUAGCGCAAUAAAAUCAAACCCCAUUGGUAAACAUUCUGGCCUGACUUGGUGAUGAUCAAGUUAAUUAAAGUGAAAUGACUCCAAGCCAGAGACGGUUUUAGUUCAAGAAAGGAGUCUCCAUCUUUGCGGAAGCCGUCCCCGUGUUCGUCCCCAACCACACAAAAACGAAGCGAAUUUUAUGAAAUUGUGCGUGUGCUGAAUUGUAGUCAGUCUGACUUCUAGAAAGAAAGUUCAGGACUUGAUUGUCAAACGCUUUCAGAACAACAAUUGAUUAUUGAUUUAUUGGGUGAGAAAGGGCGGGGGGAGGAAACCUCCACUUUAAACAUGGCCCUGUCUUAAAGAGGGGGGAAGGUUGUUUUUGUCCUUACCAACUUCCAUCAUUUUAGUUCGAGUUUCUGGGACUGCAAAUCACUAGGGGUUUUUUUUGGUUGUUGUUUUUUAAUGACAUUGGAGAACAUGGUUGUUUCGACGUGCCGAAAUCGACAUGCCUCUCCUUUGUAAUGAAAGAAACUUGCAGGCGUUGGCAGAGAGAAUGCCAAAACCUUGACAAAUCCCUCUGCAAUUCUGUAUUUAGAAUGUAGGAGACUGUUUUCACUUAAAUUUCUUUUUUAAGUAAUAAUAUUUUUU